ACGGGAGGCCCGGGCCCGGCGCAGGAUGCCGUACGCCAACCAGCCCACGGUGCGCAUCACCGAGCUCACGGACGAGAACGUCAAGUUCAUCAUCGAGAACACGGACCUCGCGGUGGCGAAUUCCAUCCGAAGGGUGUUCAUAGCCGAAGUCCCCAUAAUCGCCAUUGACUGGGUCCAAAUAGAUGCCAACUCCUCUGUGCUCCAUGAUGAGUUCAUUGCGCACCGGCUGGGUCUGAUCCCUCUCACCAGUGAUGACAUUGUGGAUAAGAUGCAAUACUCCAGGGAUUGCACAUGUGAUGAGUUUUGUCCAGAGUGUUCUGUGGAGUUUACCCUUGAUGUCCGGUGUAAUGAAGACCAGACUCGUCAUGUGACAUCCCGUGAUCUCAUCUCGAACAACCCCAGGGUUAUACCAGUGACAUCCCGAAGCAGAGACAAUGAUCCGAAUGACUAUGUAGAGCAGGAUGAUAUCCUUAUUGUCAAGUUACGGAAAGGCCAGGAGCUGAGAUUGCGAGCCUAUGCCAAGAAGGGCUUCGGCAAGGAGCAUGCCAAAUGGAAUCCCACAGCAGGAGUGGCCUUUGAGUAUGACCCAGACAAUGCAUUGAGGCACACAGUGUACCCCAAACCAGAGGAAUGGCCAAAGAGUGAAUACUCUGAAAUUGAUGAAGAUGAGGCCCAGGCGCCCUACGAUCCUAAUGGAAAGCCAGAGAGGUUUUAUUACAACGUUGAGUCCUGUGGGUCCCUGCGGCCAGAGACCAUUGUUCUCUCUGCACUCUCCGGACUGAAGAAGAAAUUGAGUGAUCUCCAAACUCAGCUGAGUCAUGAGAUCCAGAGCGACGUCUUGACCAUAAACUGAACCCAGCCCCUUUCCAGGAGAUUCUCCCAUUGUGCAAAGUUACCGUAUUCAUGCUGCUGUCUCUGAUCUGGACUGCCUGUAGCCUUCCUUGGAGUGGGGCUGCUAGAAGCCCUGUUGCUUCUUGGCUGAGCCUUUCAUCUUAAUCCCUUCAGCCCUUUCCAGCACUGAGCUGUCACGGUGCAAUGUUUAUGGACACUUCUGUCUGCCUCCCAGAUGAAUCUGCUGUAAUUUUUAGAACCUGGAGGUCGCUCUGGCUAGGAGUGAGGCUUUCCAGCAGGGCACAGUAGCUAUGCAUGCAGAUCUCCCUGACGAGAGCUGUACCCAUUGUUUUUUUCUCUGUCCCAGAGAGGAGAAGGGGGCUUGUGCAUGAAUGACCCUAGUUCUUUGCUGGACACUGAUCAUAUGUCAGGCUUUGGAAGCAUGUACUCUGUUCUGUGACUGUCAGAGACAUAGCCCUCUCUUGUUUGUAUUUGUGACUGUACUGAAUAAAGCCUUUUUCUUAUGUUUAGCCAUCCCUGAAA